CGGGAGCGGGGACCGGGGAUGUUCCCACCUGCCGCGGGGACUCCAGCUCCCCGAGCCGGCGCUGCGGGAUGAGCCGCGGGGAGCAGGACUCGGACAUCCCGGUACCGUGUGCGUGAGAGCCAGCGUCCCACCAUGGAGGAGAAGUUCAACCGGCUCCUCUUCGUCCCCAUCGCCGCCGUCCUCUUCCUCAUGAUCGGGUACCAGUACGUGUGCCCGGCGGACCGGAGCAGCUGCUCCCUCCGGAGCGCGGACAGCGGACUCUUCCAGCGCUCCUCCGCGGGACUCGAGUUAGUUUUCUCGGAUCCGGACGCGGACGAGGACCUGCCGUCCAGGAUCACCUCCAAGUUCAACUUCACGGAGCGGGACCUGGACCGGCACGUGGACUUCAACAUCCGCGGGGAGGACGUGAUGGUGUUCCUGCACAUCCAGAAGACCGGCGGGACGACGUUCGGCCGCCACCUGGUGAAGAACAUCCAGCUGGAGCAGCCGUGCGACUGCAUGCCCGGCCAGAGGAAGUGCACCUGCCACCGGCCGGGCCGCGCCGACUCCUGGCUCUUCUCCCGGUUCUCCACCGGCUGGAGCUGCGGGCUGCACGCCGACUGGACCGAGCUCACGAGCUGCGUGCCCGGGGUGAUGAGCAAGAGGGACCGGAAGACCCCCGCCAAGAGCCGGAGGAACUUCUACUACAUCACGAUGCUCCGCGACCCCGUGUCGCGCUACCUCAGCGAGUGGAAGCACGUGCAGCGCGGCGCCACCUGGAAGACGGCGCUGCACAUGUGCGACGGCCGCCCGCCCACCCAGGACGAGCUGCCCGCCUGCUACAGCGGCGAGGACUGGACGGGCGUGCCGCUGGCCGACUUCAUGAACUGCCCGUCCAACCUGGCCAACAACCGGCAGGUGCGCAUGCUGGCCGACCUCAGCCUGGUGGGCUGCUACAACAUGUCGUCCAUGAGCGAGCUGGAGCGCGGCCGCGUGCUGCUCGCCAGCGCCAAGGCCAACCUCCGCAACAUGGCCUUCUACGGCCUGACCGAGUUCCAGCGCAAGACGCAGUACCUGUUCGAGCGGACGUUCGGCCUGCGCUUCAUCCGCGCCUUCACGCAGAUCAACAGCACGCGCGCCGCCAGCGUGGGCAUCAGCGAGAAGGUGCGCUGGCGCAUCGAGGGCCUGAACGCCCUGGACGUGGAGCUGUACGAGUACGCCAAGGAGCUCUUCCUGCGGCGCUACCAGCACAACCGGCAGCGCCAGCACCAGGAGGAGCGCCUGAGGAGGCGGCGGGAGCGGCAGCAGAGGCAGCGGCUCCACAGGACCUACCUGACCCAGCUGUGGAGGCUGGGCGGGGCGGCGGAGGAGGAUGAGGAGCGGGAGGAAGAGGCGGAGGAGGAGGCGCGGGAGGCGGCCACCACGGAGGACUACAGCAGCCAGGUGGUGCGGUGGUGAUUCAUCCAGCGCCCCCCACCUCCGUCUCAGACUCGCCGCGCUUCGUCCGCCUGCCCGGCGGUGUCUUAAUAUUUAUGAUGGAUGU